CUGUACCAAAAGAAAGAAAGAAAGAAAGAAAGAAAGAAGCAAGCAAGCAAGCAGCAAUUCCUUAUGUAUGGAUAAUAGAUAUAUUAUUGCCUGGCCCAUAUCCCUUCCCUCUUCUUUAAGUAGCAACACCUCACUUUUUUCUUUGCAGGAUUAUCUGCUUUCCUUUUUUGUUCCUUGAGGAUUAUAUGGGCUGAUUUUACCCCUGCCUCCAGAGGAACAUUGAAAAAGCAGCCACAUCCUAGACUAUAGUGAUUGCUUGAAGAAUGAGCUCCUGGUCCAGGGUAGGCCCAAAACAACCACCAACUUUGAUGAAGAGUCUGAUGCUUGCCACAAGAGUUCUAUUGUGAUUUUUUUCUUUUUUGAGACCGAGUCUCACUAUGCAGUACAGCUGGUCUCAAACUUCCUAUGUGGACUAGAUUGGCCUUGAAUUUAUAAUCUUCUUAUCUCUACCUCACAGGUGCUAGGAUUACAGAUGUGCCCCACUGUGCUUGAUAGUUACAGGAAAUCUUAAAUUCAGAGUGAGGCAUUUAUCUAGCCAAGAUCUCUGUACACCUACCCAUCUUCUACUGGGGAGCAGAUUCUGACUCAGCAAUACAUCAAGAGCAUUCAUUUAUUCAGUCAGCGGCCCUGCCCCAGCUCUACGUAGAAUUACAUGUAUGUAAUAGAAGGUAACAUGUGACUUCCGAUGUAGCUGCCUGGUUGCUGCCUUGCGGAUAACCCUGAGAAGGCCACUGCGACAGCCACAGCGUAAAGGGUAGCCUAAACUUUGGUUCAGUGAGGGUUACCUUGGUCAUCAUUCUAAAGUUUGAAGCGUUCUGCCUAACCUUCGCGGGAGCAGAAAUGGUCUCUCGAUUCCCUCAGCUCGUUGAGCAGGAAGGAAGUCCCUUCAAGUCGGGGCCUGGAGGCCAUCCUUUAACUGGUUUGGAGUCCUCAGGAACCAAGACCGUCAGCAGCAGGCACAAACGCUGUGCGCGCAGUGGGGAGAGGACCGUGCCGAGCCGCCAGCUUCGGUCACGCGGACGACCUUCCGCCGCAGGUCCCGGGCAGGCACAGGGGCCGCUGUCCCGGCCGGUCACGUCCACAGCUCUCACACCACGCGCCCUCCGCGGGCCGGGCCGCGAGGGCGGACCCACGGCCGGCGGGUUUCCGCAGACCACGAGACCGUGCCCACGCGCGCC